AUGAUAAAUAAUGUGAAAAGACAACUUCUUGAGUUGAAAGAGGCAAUAAAGAAAGGGCAGUCUCAGGUUGAUGAAGAAAUCGAAAGUUCAAUUGAAGGGAGAGCUGAAAAUACUGAAGUUAUUAUUGAACAAAAAAUAAAAGGAAUUGAAGAGAUGAAAAGGGUUAUUGAAGAGUGUGAAAACGUUAUUCAUGAAGCAAAGGAGAUGAUACAAAAAGAGGAAUUUAAUUGUUUUGUUAUGAAAAACAAGAAAGAAGAAGAACUUUCCAAAGAAGAAGAGUUGAACAAAAUAAAAGGAUAUGCCCAAAGUCUUAAAAGAAAAGAAAUUCAUGAAGAGUUUGAGGACUAUGACGAGUUUGUGAUUGAACAAAAUAAAGACAGAAAAAAAGAAGAAGAAAAAAUUUUGGUUAAUCAACUUCAAAAUGAUUUGAUUGAACAAGCACUUACAAAGUUACAAGAAUGGAGUAAUAAAAAUGAGGUUCAUGUUUUAUUUGAUAGUGAUUUAAAUGAAUGGAAUGAGUGCCAAAGUACAGAACUAUUUAAUGGACCAAGUAUAUUUCUAUUUAUAUUUGAUGAAAAUAAAAAUGCCUUUGGGUGGUAUUUUCCACAAGGGAUAAAUGAGAAUGGAACUGGAGAAUAUCAAGAAUGUUAUCUACAAAAUGGAACAGAAAAAGUUUUUGAAAUACAUAAAAUAAAAGAAAAAGAAAUUAAGGUUGGUAGAGGUGAUUGUGUUAUUGAAAUAAAACAAGGAAAUAAUAUCGAAACACAAAUAAACUAUAACUCAACUAAGAAAAUAAUGUCUUAUUGUUAUGAAUCAAUGUUUAGUGUAGAGCGUAUUAUUUGUAUUCAAAUGUUGUGUGAUGAAUGUUUAGAUGUUAUACAAGAUAACUUAGAACAGUUACAAGAAUGGAGUGGAUUAUAUGAAUGUAGUAGAUUAUAUGAUACAUUAGAAGAUGGUGAAAAUGAAGGAGAAAUGAAGGAAAGAAUAAAUGGAGAGAGUAAUAUAUUUAUUAUUUGUAUAGAUGAAUAUGGAAAUGUGUUUGGAUGUUUUAUUGAAGCAGAGGUAGAAGAUACAUUACUUCUAAAUUCAAGAAAUCACUUUUUAUUUGCAUUUGAUAAUACUGAAGAUUUAAGUGGACAUCCUCAUCAAUGGAAAAUGAAAAAAGAGAGAUUGGGGAAGUUAGUUUUAGGAGAUAAUGAUAUGUUGUUUUCAUGUGGUGAUGAUGUUUCUCCAUUUGGAAUGUUAAUAAUUUUUAAAACUUCAUUUAGAAGUAGUUUUUGUGCAAGUCUAUCUAAUGUGUAUGAAUAUAUUAAAGAUGAUGAUUUAAAUGGUACAUGUUUUAAUGAUGAAAGGAGAGACACUUUUAAAGUACAACGAGUUAUUGUACUUAAAAUGAAUUAA